AUGACAAGCAACGCGUCGACUCAACCUCCCUCAAUGACUGCCGCUACACCUGCCCGUGCCUCCGCGCUACUGGCCAACAUAACAGCCGUCAGCGCGCGGAUCAGCACAGCCGUUCUGCAAGCGCCCAACCCCAGCAAACCGGUCCGACUAGUGGCGGUAUCAAAACUCAAGCCCGCAUCGGACGCCCUCGCGCUGCACCAAGCACCCGCGUCGCAAAUGCACUUUGGCGAAAACUACCUACAAGAGCUUCUCGAGAAAUCACGUCUGCUCCCACCAACCAUCAAAUGGCACUUCAUCGGCGGACUGCAGAGCAACAAAUGUGUGACGUUAGCGCGGGAUGUGCGCGGACUGUGGGCAGUCGAGAGCGUCGAUUCAGAGAAGAAGGCGAAGCUGCUUGACAAGGGCUGGGGGGAGCGAGAGGCCGAUACUGCGGCGACGAAUCCCGAGGACGGUAGGCUGCGCAUCUAUGUCCAGGUCAAUACCUCUGGUGAGGAGAACAAGGCUGGCGUUGAGCCUGCCGCUGCAGCGGCGCUUUGUCGUUAUGUUCGGGAGCAGUGCCCCCGGCUCAAGUUGCAGGGUGUUAUGACUAUUGGCGCCAUCGCUAGGUCGCGGGCGACGACAGCGGAGAAUGAAAAUGAGGAUUUCAUUUGUUUGCGUGAGACGCGGGAUCGUGUUGUGAAGGAGUUGGGAUUGACGGGAGAUGAGGCUGAGCUGGAGCUUAGUAUGGGAAUGAGCUCGGAUUACGAGGGUGCUAUCGCCCUCGGUAGUGAUCAGGUCAGGGUUGGGACUACUAUCUUUGGUGAUCGGCCGCCUAAGGCGGAGGCGAGUGUCGUUUGA